UUCUCAUUACUGUAAACAGAUAAAAACAGAAAAUUAAUCGCAGCAAAGGAUAGUAAACGACGAACACGACGGAGCGCAGUUGCAAAACGUGUAUCACAACACCGCUGACAGAUCAGCUUUCGAAAAACAUACAAUGGAUAUUCUCCAGAGUCGUCCUUCCUGCAAAAUUGGUCCGUCAAUCCUGAAUGCAGACUUAUCGGAUCUUCACAAUGCAUGCACAAAGUUACUGGAAGAUGGUGCAGACUACUUACACUUGGACGUGAUGGAUGGGCAUUUUGUUCCCAAUUUAACGUUUGGGCAUCCACUUGUCAAAUGCUUGCGGUCUAAGGUUCCAGAAGCUUUUUUUGAUAUGCACAUGAUGGUUGCUGAUCCAGAAAAAUGGGUUGAGCCAAUGCAUGAUGCUGGAGCAAAUCAGUACACAUUCCACUUUGAAGCUACCAAAGAUGCAGCUGCCUUGGCCAGGAAGAUCAGAGAAGUAGGGAUGAAGGUUGGAAUUGCCAUAAAGCCGGGAACAGCUGUAGAUGUAGUUGUUCCGUAUGCAGACCUGGUGGAUAUGAUUCUGGUAAUGACAGUUGAGCCUGGAUUUGGAGGACAGAAGUUCAUGGCAGAUAUGAUGCCGAAGGUCAAAUAUUUGAGGGAGAAAUUUCCAGACAUGGAUAUUGAAGUGGAUGGAGGUGUGGGUCCUAGCACAAUUGAUGCUUGUGCACAGGCCGGAGCAAAUAUGAUUGUCUCUGGUAGUGCUGUUGUGAAUUCUGAGGACCCGAAAGCAGUAAUGUCAUUCUUAAGGAAAUCUGUAUUAAAAUCUCUUCAGGAUUAAGAAAGUUCACACACACACACACACACACACACACACACACACACACACACAUAC